AUGGAAAUUAUCUUUAGUGUGGCAGUUCCUCGAGCCAACACCAAAUUUUACAACGAUGCAACGGAUUGUGGACUCUCUGUGGACAAAAGCUUUGCAAGGUUCACGAGUUCAGCUGGUCUAAGUUACAUAGCAAGUGGUAUCGGUGUUCCUAUAUUGAUGGAUUCUGUAACAACUUCCAAGACUAGACUUGAAUUUGCAAAGAUCUGUGUGGAAAUUAGUGUUGAUGAUUACAUUCCAAAAUCUAUUGAUGUUAUUCUUAAAGAUAAUGUUACCACCUCAUUUUUCAUUGAAGUUCCUUGGCUGCCUCCUAGAUAUAGGAAUUGCAGAAAAUUUGGCCAUAAUGAAAAGAACUGCCUUGUCAAAAGCUCCUCUAAUCCCAGCUUAGUACAAGUUUGGAAGAAAAGAGCAAAUUCUAACAAUAUCCAAUCCUUAGUAGGAUCAGAUAAGACUCAGGAACUUGCCACUACUAAAAUUCCUAUUGAAGCUACUCAACAGAAUGAAGCUAUAACUGAACCACUUUAUGUAGAUUCUAAUAUAGUAACUUCACAUCCUCCUGAUGGCUGUCCAGGAAAAGAAAUUGUAACUGUUACUAAUCCCACUGAGCCGACCUCUUCAUCUAAAGAGGAUUCUUUUAUUAACCAGAACUCACUCCCUAAAAAAGUUCGAGGACAUCCAGCCAAGGAAAAAGCCUCUUUUGCUGGCUCAAGUAAUAGAUAUGAACUCCUAAACUCUGUUGAUGAAAACUCUACAAACCUUGAAGUGCCUCAAAGGACAAGUAGAAUUGCAUCCAAGGGAGUAGAAGAAUUAGUCAAAGAACUCAAAUUGAAAAAGAAUAUGAAACUGGAAAAAGUUAAAAGUUCAGUAGCUGGGGGUGCAGGUCCCUCUCGAGGCUCUCCUUUACAAUGA